AUGACAAACGCCAACAAAACCGACAUUUCUGGAGACCAGAUCACUGGGGGUGACACUAAAUUGACAAACUUUGUCACAGUCCCCAGGCAAUGGGGACUUGCCGGUCGCGAACUGACGCUGACCACCAAUCAAGGCGGCAGCGUAAUGGAACGUUGGAUGGCUGAAGCGGCUACUGACGCCCCCUUUCAUGCAUUAGCCAUGGUGGCCACCGGCUCAGCUCCUGCAGGUGCUGAUACGGUCACCAAAAAGGCCCAACCCUAG